AUGAUAUAUAUUUGGCAUGCAUUAGUCUAUAUUUCAUGUCUAUCAAGCUGUGUCCUCUCGCAAGAAAAUAGCCUGGACACACUGACAAGUUUAGUGAAUAAAUCCGACCUAUAUACACCACGAUCAAAUCGAACUUUGGACUAUUCUCCUUUAAUACAGUACAUUCCAGUCUUUUUCCAAAAAAAUUAUAGUUCCAUUGAUACUCCUCAUAACAAUGAUUUCCUAGCGUUACAAUCUCCUGCGACUACACAAACAGACAGCAACAAGAAUCUGCAGAAGAAUGAUUCCGUGCUUGAUGAAUGUCAUUUCAUGUCCUUUGAAGAAUGGAAAAAGCAAAAAAUAGAAUCCAAUACUACUACAUCUAACAAUUACUCAAUGAAUGGAUCAUCAGAAUCGAAAUCUAUUACACCUUCAAACCACUCAUCGGUUAUAUCAACUAACGUCACUUUAAUGGAGGCCGACGGGAAGGUUUACAAGGACAAGUUUAAUUUUGCAUCGGUUGAUUGUGCAGCAACCAUUAUGAAAACAAAUGCCCAAGCUAAAGGUGCAUCUGCCAUUCUUAAAGAGAAUAAAGAUUCAUACUUGUUGAAUGAAUGCUCCGUCAAACACAAGUACGUGAUUAUUGAGCUAUGUCAAGAUAUACUUGUCGAUCUGGUAGUAAUUGGUAAUUUUGAGUUUUUUUCAUCCAUUUUCAAAGAUAUUAGAAUCAGUGUAAGUGAUCGGUUCCCAUCACAGAAUUGGAAAGAGUUAGGACAGUUUACUGCAUCCAAUAUUCGUGAUGUGCAAACUUUCAAGAUCGAAAAUCCUUUAAUUUGGGCUAGAUACUUGAAAUUAGAAAUUUUAAGUCAUUACGGCAAUGAAUUUUAUUGUCCAAUAUCAAUAGUGAGAGUUCAUGGGAAGACAAUGAUGGAUGAAUUCAAAGAAGAUGAGGAAGGGAAUCAGCAUAUGGGUGCUAUAAAGGAGGAAGAGCCACCAACACCACAAACAAUUGAAGAAGAUGUUUUAUUAAUCAAUCAGACUACACUAAAUGAAUGCAGAGUUCGCUUACCACAUUUACAAUUAAAUGAGUUUUUAAAAUCGUUUAAUAGUUCUAAUCAAGAGUUUUGUGUACCAAGCGACGCCGAGCCUCAAGUAACCACGGCAAAGACAACUACAGCCAUCACUACACAAGAAUCUAUUUACAAAAAUAUAAUGAAACGGUUAUCUUUACUAGAGUCGAAUGCUACAUUAUCUUUACUUUACAUUGAAGAACAACUGAAAUUGUUAUCAACUGCAUUUUCGAAUUUGGAGAAAAGACAAACCACAAAUUUCAACACGUUAAUCAGUUCUGUUAAUAGUACUUUAAUGAAUCAAUUAAUGGUUUUCAAAGAGUCUUACUAUGAGCUAUAUGAACAAUAUGGGAAUCUAUUCAAAAUGCAGGAAAACAGUCACAGACAAUUGUUAGCAGAAACAAAUAAAAAAGUUGGGUUGUUGUCAAGUGAAUUGACAUUCCAAAAAAGAGUCUCCAUUUUCAAUAGUAUAAUUAUUAUUUGCUUGUUAGUUUAUGUGAUUCUCACCCGUGACGUUGCCAUAGAGUAUCCAGAGGACGAGUUGAACGAAAAGUCACCUCUGCCUCAAUCCAAAAAACUAUCAUCACCAUUUAUACCAAUAAGAUACAAAAAGUCCAAAAAACGUUAA